AUGGCACAUAUGGACUUGCAAGUCGAAUCCGGUGUGUCUGCAUUGGGGGGCUCGCCGCCCAACUCAAACAUUUUACCGUACCAAAAUGAACGAUUCUCGACACGAACCUCUCCGCCAGCAUAUGGAUCAGUUUAUAACGAAAAUAAUGAGGAUGACAGUGACCUGGGUGAGCUUGUGACGGGCAAUGGGCAGAACAGCCCUCAACAGAGCGACGCUCCUACGUUAAGCGGCAACGAUUCUGACGAUUCGGACAUGGCGAGAGAAAUCGAAGCAGCUGGUGAGGUCGAAUCACUCAUCGGCUCAGAUAACAGCAGUGAUGAUGAGCAUCUCGCUAAUGAAGAACAGUACAUGAUCGAGGAAGAGCUACAUCGAGCGAAUCCAAACGAACACGACGGCAGUAAACAUCAGCAAGCUUCAAACGUGCAACAAAAUGUCUUCGGCGAUGACUACGAUUACUGGGACUCUUUUUCACCUGCUAACGGGUCAGCAGAGGAUGAUGACGUUAUCGCCAAUGAACUUUUCAAGCCACAACGUGGUUUUGCUUCAUCGCCUGAGCCACUUUUCUCAGAUUUUUAUGGCUCUUCAAUUGACUCUGACCAGGAUGGAUCUUCAGACUUGGAAAAUGAGAAGAACGACAACCAUGGAGAUGGCAUCCAUAUUUUUGGUUCAUCACCCUCGUCAGAUGAUGAUGAGACUUCGUCGGACAAUGAUGCUUCUAUUAGCGAUAUGGAACCCAUGUCUAUGCCACUCAUCGCUCAUGUUGGGGCUACCCAAGGCGUUGAUGUCGAUGACGCUGACCGGGAGUCUGGCGACGAUGAUGGUGAAGCAGGAGAACAAGCGUUGAAAAACGCUAUGCCGUUGCUUGUUAUUGAAGAUCUAGAUGGACGCCUCGUUUAUGCACGGGCUGGUGAUGGUGAAGCUGUGUUCGGAUCAGAUGGGGAGUUUGAAUUCGAAGGAGAAAGCGAUGAAGAAAGCUCAGACGACGAGAUUCCUCUUCAAAGUCCCAGCAAGGAGUCUACUCCUCAUCCUCAUCCUGAGGAUUCUCAUGUAUCUGAUUAUGAUGUUCCUGAUAUUGAUGAUGGAGAAACGACAGAUGAAUUGCCCGAUAAUGACAUGCCCUAUCCCAGGCUACUCGUUGGUUCAAUUGCUCCUCAUGGCGGACGAAAUGCACGACGUGCACGUGAAAUUGCUGCCCGUUCACGGAACAACUCACCACGCGUAUCUUCCCGGGCUCCCAGUCCAGUGACGAUAGGUUUGUCAGCUCGGAAAGCGCCGAGCACUCUAUCAAACGUUUUGUCUGUCAAUGAUCACGACAAUGAUAAUUCGAGCUCUGAGUCUGUUCAGGCAGUAGAUGACCAAAAUGCACAUGGAAAAGAGGCUCAUCUGAAACGGCCGCAAAUCACUCAGGACCUAUACAACAUGUCACCUGAACAUCUGAAACCCCCUAUGGGACAGUUCAUGCCCACAUGUUCAAAAUCUGUUCACCGGGCCGUGAUUGAUGGAUCAAAUCGCGCGCCCUCACCGUUUAGUACAUCACACCAUAUGCAACGCGGUACUCGUCGCAAGCGAUCCCGUUUUCAACCAGAUGAAGAUUCGUUUGAUCAAGUUGUGAGCGGUUAUCCAUCGUCGCGAAAACGGAGAAACUCCGACGCAUUCAACACACUUCAACAUAAUUGCGUCCCUGCUCGUCCGACUGACUCAAACGGCUCGCCGGAAUCCUUGCCUGAACCAUUGGAGCAAGACCCCGCCGGUCCCAUGGAUCUCAGUGAUGUUCUAGAUGAAGGUUUGUUGUGGCAGGGUUCUAGCGAUGGUGAUUCUAUCCAUGAUGAUGCAGUAAGUGAUUUUCGACAGAGUAAGCCUCGAUCGCAGAACGCCCCUAUGCCGGACAAGACGUGCGAUCGUGCUAUUGCGCGUUGGACUCGGAUUCCCAUGGGAGCUUUUCGAAGUGCGCAGCAAUACGGAGUGUCAACUAAUCCUUCAACCAUGUCUGAUGCCUACUGGACCCAUCAGCGACCAAGUAGCUCCUUCUUGAUUACCCAAGCUAUGCGCAACCCCCGACAAGCAUUAGAUCGUUCUCACACAUCUACAUAUGGCACGCCGCACCAAACACAUACUCCAUUUCGAUGGUCUGUUACUACAUUACAAAAUCCGCGGAACCCGGUCUCGCCUCUCCAUCGCACAUUAGCAGAUGCUGCCAUGUCUGAUCUCACAAGCAAAAGCGAACAGAGUCGGAAAGAGAAGUACCGGCAACAUCGUUUAGGAAGAAAACUAGGCGAGCACGCGGUGAUUGGUGGGAAUUUCGUCGUUUCACCAGUGCUGCGUCCUGUGAAGCACCGGCAGCAAAAGUCUGAUCUGAAUGGAAUUAACAGCCUUACGAGUCCACUCUUGGCUAUAGGCGAUGCCGCUCCUUCGGAUCACUCUCCACUAAACAAGGCACAUAUACGCAAAGUGGCAAAGCAUGAGAAACGCGACCGUCUAGCACGCCAGGAAGUCGUACGUCGACAGUAG